ACUCGGAGUGACUGUGCUGUGGACUUUCAGGCAUAGAGCUCAUGUUCGCUCUGCUUUUCUUCAGCACUAUAAUUCACUAUACCAGUCUCUGCUUUCCACCCCUUGCUCUCUCAAACGCAGCAUCGCUGUCUGUUUCUGCAAUCAAAAGCUCCAUCUCUUUUAACCUGCGCCGCUCAUAACUUUACCCAUGGAGAAGUAUCACAAAGUCGACCAGCAAACAGUGCAGGCCCUGAGAAACAUCGCCGUUCGACUCAGGAUCAACUCCAUUAAGGCAACUACAGCUGCAAACAGUGGACACCCAACAUCAUGCUGCAGUGUAGCAGAGAUCAUGUCUGUGUUGUUCUUCCACACAAUGAGGUUCACACCAGAGGAGCCCAGGAACCCCAACAAUGACCGUUUCGUUCUCUCGAAGGGACACGCCGCUCCGGCGCUGUAUGCUGUCUGGGCUGAGCUGGGAUACCUGAAGGAGAAUGAACUCCUCAGCCUCCGCAAGUCUGACUCCGUCCUUGAAGGACAUCCAGUCCCUAAGCAGCGGUUUGUGGAUGUUGCCACCGGGUCCCUGGGACAAGGCCUUGGUGUGGCCUGUGGAAUGGCUUACACAGGCAAAUACUUUGACAAGGCCAGUUACCGCGUGUACUGCCUACUGGGAGAUGGAGAGCUGUUCGAGGGGUCGGUGUGGGAGGCCAUGGCCUUUGCUUCCUACAGCCAACUGGACAACUUGGUGGCCAUCCUGGACAUCAACCGGCUGGGCCAGAGUGAUCCAACUCCUCUGCAACACCACAUGGAGAAGUACCAGAGACGCUGUGAGGCAUUUGGCUGGAAUGCCUUCGUCGUGGACGGACACAGCGUGGAGGAGCUCUGUAAAGUCCUCUGCCAGCCUCGACACCAACCCACUGCCAUCAUCGCCAAAACCAUUAAAGGCAAAGGAAUUCCAGCUGCUGAGGACAAGAUGGGCUGGCACGGGAAGGUCCUCCCCAAGGACAUGGCGGACAGUGUGGUGAGGGAGCUACACAGCCACAUCCUGAGCAGCAGCAAGCGCCUGUAUCCAGCCCCACCCGUGGACGAUGCCCCACCCGUGGACGUGCGCAACAUCCGCAUGCCCAGUGGCCCCAGCUACAAACUGGGGGAGAAGAUUGCCACACGGAAGGCUUAUGGUCUGGCUCUGGCCAAACUGGGCCGUUACAACGAGCGGGUGGUGGCCCUGGAUGGGGACACCAAGAACUCCACCUUCUGUGAAGUAUUCAAGAACGAGCAUCCCGACCAAUUCGUGGAGUGUUACCUUGGCGAGCAAAACAUGGUGAGUGUGGCCGUGGGCUGUGCCUCCAGAAACAGGAACGUCGUCUUCGCCAGCACCUUUGCCGCCUUCUUCGGCCGGGCGUUCGACCAGCUGCGGAUGGCAGCCAUAUCUGAGAGCGACAUUGUCCUGUGUGGCUCCCACUGCGGUUUGUCUGUUGGAGAAGAUGGACCAUCUCAGAUGGGCCUGGAGGAUCUGGCAUUGUUCAGAGCCAUCCCCACGGCGACCAUUUUCUACCCCAGUGAUGGAGUCGCCACCGAGAAGGCAGUAGAGCUGGCGGCAAACAGGAAGGGUAUUUGCUUCAUAAGAACCAGUCGCCCUGAGAGUGCGAUCAUUUACAAUAGCAGCGAGGACUUUCACAUCGGCCAGGCCAAGGUGGUGUACAAGAGCAACGAUGAUCAUGUGACCGUGAUUGGGGCGGGGGUCACACUGCAUGAAGCCUUGGCGGCAGCUGAGCAGCUCAAGAAAGAGAGAAUCAAUCUCAGAGUGAUUGACCCUUUCACAAUUAAACCCCUGGAUGUUCAAACCAUCAUCAACAAUGCAAAGGCAACCAAGGGCCGUAUCAUCACUGUGGAAGACCACUACUAUGAAGGUGGCCUGGGGGAGGCAGUGUGCUCUGCCAUAGUGAACGAGGCUGGGCUCACGGUGCAUCGUCUGGCUGUGGUCCAUGUGCCCCGCAGUGGCAAGCCAGCCGAGUUACUCAAGAUCUUUGGCAUUGACAGGGAUGCCAUCGUGCAGGUGGCCAAGAAGAUGAUCAGCAGCUCUGCUAAUGCCAAGUAGAUGCACCAAGGGGUUGGCCUUCACUGUGACACGCUUGGCAUUAAAUUUUGUCCUGUGUCAUCAAUAAAUCAACCAUUAACACUUUUGUAAACCAUAGACAUUUAUUAGUUUAUAUUCACAUGCUGUUAAAUUGACCCCUAUUCUUUGUCUUCUUCCUCACCCCAAAUCCAGCCAGGAAUUUGGGGUGCCGUAGCCUUAGGGUGCUUUUCCACUGGCACCUAGAACCGAGCCAUGCCAGAGCCAUACUGCAAACUGAAAGCUUUCAUGCAAGCCAUGGCCAAGCCCUACCCCUGCUGACACAGCACUGCUUACUAGCAGGGCCAAAAGCAGGGCCUAAACUCAGGCUUCCUCAUCAUGUUACAGCAUUAUGAAGUAUUUCUGUAGUCCAGUGAAGACCUUGCUAUGUCCAAAGAAGUUCUUUGAUAAAUUGACAUUCUUUAAUGAUACUUCCAAGCUAAACCUGAGAGCCAUAACAAAUAUCUAAAUCUGAUCAGGUUAUUUUGAUCUCAACAGAAGAACAUAAUAUAAAGCAUGCGUGCAUUUCAGAGAAUAUCAAAAUAACAUUACUGUAGUGCAAGUAUAAGUAUGAAAACUCUUUCCAUGACUCCUUGCUGGCAUCGGUAUCUGAGACUCUUUCAUUCUAUUAAUCAAUUUUAAUGUAUCUAAUGUUUUUAGAAUCUGCCAAACUCCCUCCCCGCUCACCUAUUACUGUUGAUAUAACCUAGAUGAGAUUUAAAGCUUCAGCUUCUUGGGUUUUCGGAUAUCUACUGUUUAACGUGUUUUUAGAUACUUCUCUGGAAACUACAAGUUCGUGGGAUUUUUUUGUGAAUUGUGUUUCAAAACUAUAAUGCAUUUUAAAGGUUUCUUAAUGAUCUAUUAACAUGUUACGUUGUAAGUCUGUGGUUAUGAUUUGGUCAUUUACAUGGUAAUCCUUUAAAGCAGACUAUAUAGCGAUAAGACGAACAACAAUGUAUGUUCUCUGCCUGUCUGGUUUUUGCAAUUCCUUGCUGUGUCUAAUUAUUUUUAAAAAUAAAAUGGAGCAUUUUGGUUCAAGUA